CCGCCGGAUACUUCCAUCCGCUGCGGCCCGACGCGCCUCUGGACAGAGCCGCCCCGGCCACUCGCGGCGCGCCCGGGCGGGAGGAGCCGGUCAUGCAGGAGCCGCUGCUGGGAGCCGAAGGCCGGGACUAUGACACCUUCCCCGAGAAGCCGCCCCCGUCACCAGGGGAGAGGACGCGGGUCGGGGUCCUGCAGAACAAGAGAGUGUUCCUGGCUACCUUCGCUGCUGUGCUGGGCAAUUUCAGCUUCGGGUACGCCCUGGUCUACACGUCCCCCGUCAUCCCCGCCCUGGAGCAGUCCUCGGAUCCAAACCUGAAUCUGACCAAAACCCAGGCAUCCUGGUUCGGGUCCGUGUUCACCCUCGGUGCGGCCGCCGGGGGACUCAGUGCCAUGGUCCUCAAUGAUCUCCUGGGCCGGAAGCUCAGCAUCAUGUUCUCAGCUGUGCCCUCGGCAGCCGGCUAUGCGCUGAUGGCGGGCGCCCACGGCCUCUGGAUGCUGCUUCUGGGAAGGAUGCUGACGGGCUUCGCAGGGGGGCUCACAGCUGCCUGCAUCCCGGUGUACGUGUCUGAGAUUGCUCCCCCCAGCGUUCGCGGGGCCCUGGGUGCCACGCCCCAGCUCAUGGCGGUGUUCGGGUCACUGUCCCUCUAUGCCCUUGGCCUGCUGCUGCCCUGGCGCUGGCUGGCCGUGGCCGGGGAGGGGCCAGUGCUCGUCAUGGUCCUGCUGCUCAGCUGUAUGCCCAACUCCCCUCGCUUCCUGCUCUCCAAGGGCAGGGACACAGAGGCGCUGCAGGCGCUGGCCUGGCUGCGAGGGGCCGAUGCCGACACCCGCGGGGAGUUCGAGCAGAUCCAGGACACCGUCCAGAGACAGAGCAGCCCCCUGUCGUGGGCCGAGGCCCGGGACCCCCACAUGUACCGCCCCGUCGUCAUCGCCUUGCUGAUGCGCUUCCUGCAGCAGCUGACGGGCAUCACGCCCAUCCUUGUCUACCUGCAGUCCAUCUUUGACAGCACCGCCGUCCUGCUGCCCCCCAAGGACGACGCCGCCAUCGUGGGCGCCGUGAGGCUCCUGUCCGUGCUGAUCGCCGCCCUCACCAUGGACUUGGCCGGCCGCAAGGUCCUGCUCUUCGUCUCGGCCGCUGGCAUGUUUGCUGCCAACCUGACCCUGGGGCUGUACGUGCAUUUUGGUCCGAAGUCUCUGGCCCCCAACAGCACCGUGGGCCUGGAGCACGCGGCCCUGGCGGGCACGGAGCAGCCCCUGGCCACGCCCACCAGCUACCUCACCCUGGUGCCCCUGCUGGCCACCAUGCUCUUCAUCAUGGGCUAUGCCAUGGGCUGGGGCCCCAUCACCUGGCUUCUCAUGUCGGAGAUCCUGCCCCUGCGGGCCCGUGGCGUGGCCUCGGGGCUCUGCGUGCUGGUCAGCUGGCUCACCGCCUUUGCCCUCACCAAGUCCUUCCUGCUGGUGACGAACGCCUUCGGCCUGCAGGCCCCCUUCUUCUUCUUCGCCGCCGUGUGUCUGGUGAACCUGGCCUUCACCGGCUGCUGUGUGCCCGAGACCAAGGGCCGGUCGCUGGAGCAGAUCGAGUCCUUCUUCCGCACCGGGAGGAGGUCCUUCCUGCGCUAGGGAGUGGCCCCGCCGGAGAGGGCCCCGCCGGAGAGGGCGGUGGAGCUGGGCUCUGGCCCCGAAGUUGCACCCUGCACCCAGGAGGCAGCAGCAACCCACCACCGACAGCCCAGGCACAGGGGGGCAGCCCAGAGGCCUGACAGCCCCCGGAACACGUGCCGGCCCCAGGCAGCCCCAGGCAGGCGGCACCGCCGUCGAGCGCUGUCACACACUGAUCCACCGGACCUGCCAGCAGAGGCGGCCGUCACAUGGCCUCGGGCCAGGGACAAGGCCUCGCUAGGAGACCUCGUGCUGAGGAUAAACGGGGCCAAUGCUGGUGGACUGGCUCUGCACAGGGACGCUGCCGCCCCCGUCCGGCUGCUCCCAUCACCUGGUGGCCGCGUGGGGACCAGGACAGGAAGCUGCACCUGUGAGGCCUAUGGACACCACAGGGGACGUGCUGGACGCCCACCGGCCAGAGCACAGGACCCUGCAUGGACUCUGCCUCCUACACCCGCCCCGCUUCUGGGAACAGGAAGCGCUUGAGGGCGAGCUGUGUUCACCCUAUUUAUACCAAUAAAUGAGAGGAGGGAGUGGGGAGUACUCCCGGUGGGGGAGCCCCCCCCAGCAGCCAA